CUGGAUAGCCUAUUUUUUUUAGCCAUAAGAUUCUUCGAAUUGAGCACAUAAUUACCAGUCUUUUUAUUUUACCAGGGAUCGGGGGAGUGAGGUAUUUUAGAUAAUACCCACUUUCAAGCUUUAUGACUGACCCCUCUUGCUUUAUCCUUUAAUAUACAAGUCACUUUGUUUUUGCAGAAGAAAAUGAAUCUGCAUAUCACAGUGGUAGGGUUAAGUCCUGCUGAGAUGCAGAGUGGCCAAGAUCUUUGAUUUUUUGGUUUUCCCUUGAAGAUUUGACAUUUCUUAACUAGUCUGACCACCGGUUAAUGAGGUCCAGAAACUACAAAAUAUAUGAUCUGGUGUCUGUAAAGGUCAUUAUCAUACAGUCUCCAGUUAAAUGUUGGAUUAAAUUAGGAUGCUUGUUGUUUUUGCAUUGUUGCAGACAAAGGUGAUCCUGAAUGCUGAAUGCUUACUGUAUGGAAAGCAAAUGAACUUGAUUGGCACACACUUCAAAGAUGCAAAUCAUUUUGUCUAUUAUGAAUGAUGAGUUCUUGUCAAUUGUGCUGUUUGGAAUCCAAGAAAAAUAAUUAUUAUAACACAUGCAUAUUGUGAUUCGGAGACCAAGGGAUCACAGUGUAAAAUAAUUGCACAACCACUUGGGAUACUGCAGUAUGAACUGUGAGCGAACAGCUGUAGCUCCACUGUAUCUAUUGUGGUAAUAAGUGUUUCUGUUUAUACAGCUAUAAAGCAAUGGAGAUGGGGUGCUUUCGCUUUUCAGUAAGAAGUACCUUGUCAUCCCACACGGUACACUCAUGGUGGCAGUGGAAGGGUCGAAUUUUGGGGAACUUUGCAUGUACAGUUUAUGUUCAAUUUAAAAAGACAGAACUCAUUCUUUAGUUAUUUUCAAAGAAAUGUUAAAUAUAUUUUUCAUCAAAGAAAAAUGCAGAACGGGAUGCCUUUGCUGACAAUGACAGUAUCAUUAAAUAGCUGAAAGAAAACAUGCACACAUUUUCUUUCUGCUCAAUUUAAAUAGAAAAAGAGUACUGGCAUAUAAAUUGAAGUCUUAAAAUACGAAAAGUGCACUAUUUAAAAAAAUAAAGAAGAUAAAAAUUAUUUUUAGAAUCCUUGAAAUAUAAAUAUUAAUGCAGGAAAUAUUCUAAAUAAUAGCACCCCCUACAGCCCCCCACCCACCCAUUAGAUAGUAGAUGGCUGGUUGUCUACCACUGAAGAGGUCUGCAAGCUGUUAACACUUAGCUACCGUUAGUGAUAUCUAUAUCACUAGGGCCCUCUACUUAUACAUGUGCAUCUGUAGCCUCUAUUCAGAGCUCAAAAGGUCCAAGGAUAUGAUUCAUGGGGGAAAAAAAUUGGACCAAUUUUCUUUUUGUUCAUCAUAAAGAUUAAAUAAAUGACUGAUUAAUACUUAUUUAUUCAUGAGGUUCAUAUAUCUCACACAAGUUUAAGCCUGAAAUCACUACAGGUUAUUACAAUAUUGACACAAGUUUAAGCCUGAAAUCACUACAGGUUAUUACAAUAUUGACACCCUGUUUUAAGUCCUUGACCCAAACUAAGAGGUCGCCGGUGCUUACCGGUAUUUUUGCUGUUAUGUGAAUAUCAUCACAAAGAGCUGGAUGAGAGUGUUCUCCCUUGACAUCCCCAGUAAUGAGAUGUGACACUGCAUUGCAUUUUUUUAAACAAACACUGCAGCACCGAGUUGUUCUGCCUCUAGGCUGGAUUGUUUGGAUCAUGUCAUUUCUGGCUAUCUACCAGAGCGGCCCCACAGCAACUAGCCACACUAGAUUCCAGCUUCAAACUCAAUUUAUCCAAAUAUCAUAUCCUAUAUAAGAUUUCUCACUGCGUUUUGGAAGCAUGUUGUAGUAUUUCUUACAAUUCGAGGCAUUUAGCCUUGCCUUUGCCAGUGGUUCAUUUGAUCUUUCUUUCAUUUAGUAUUACUUUAUACACAUGAGUUGCAACUGUUAUAUAGCUUUAAACUAGAUAUUUUCUACUGCACAUCCUGUAUUCAAAUUAAAAACACCUUGAUGAGAAGGCAUCUUUAUCAGAUUUAAACAAGGGGAUUGUUGAAAGAAUUUUUCUUCUUUGCUAAGAAUAUUACCUUCAAUUUUGUAUUGCAGUCAGAGUUCUGAUCACUUUUACACCAGGCUAAUCAUGAAAACUCCAGAAACAAAGUUUAAAAUAUUAGAAACAGUGAAUUGUUUUCCAUUCUGGGCAGGAUUAAGGUCCAAAGAGAAAGAGUCUGGUGUAGGUACCAUCUAACUUCAGUGGUCCACAGUGCCCAGAUAUGCUGAAUUAUCACAUGGGCCAAAGAGAAUAAAGAAGAAUUGGGACACAAGUAGCAGCAGUAGUUGGUCCCCCCUUUACGGGGGAGGCACAUCUCUAGACCAAGAGGCCAUCCAGUACAUCCACAAGUUCUACUGCAAGGACUGCCGAAUGGAGGCAGAGAGGGCAGAGAAAGAAAAGGCAGCAGCAACAGGGACUGAUGGGAAGGGGGAGGGCGAGACGGAGCAGGUGCCCCCCACUAGUCCCCAGUCUACCCUGGAGGAGAUGUCACUACAACAAAGCAUGGACAAAAAUAAAGAAUCACUGAAGAGAAAACUGUUGAUGAGGCGAUCUGUCAAUGAACUGGUAGACCAAGGAAUAUACCCCCCUUUGAGUACACCACCAGCAUUUGCAGAACAGAGGCGCCACCUAGAGAGAGCAAAGACUGGGGACCUACUGAAACAUAAAAUACAGCAUCGUCCAGACAGACAAGUCUUAGUACAGCAACACAUCUUAGAAGACACAAAGAUUGACCCUUCCCUUCAUGAGCGACAGCGUAAACUGAAAAGGGCUCGAAUUGCAGAUGACCUGAAUGACAAGCUAUCUCACAGACCGGGCCCCCUGGAACUGGUGCAAGGAAAUAUUCUACAGACAGACAAUGAAACCUUCAGAACAGCUCUACAAGCUGGAUCCAUAAAAUUCAAUAGGACAUUUGACGAGGACUCUGAGUCCAAUUAUGGAUUUGAGGAUGAGAGUACCACCACCAGUGAUGGAGUCCCUUCUCCCUGUGACUCGUCCAUGUCGGAGGUGUUUAGUCCCCCCAUUAUCCCCCUGGCCCCAGAUAUCCCCGCCUCCCUCAAGUUCUCCGUGCCAGGCACACUCCCAAUCACAUUUACAACAGGGACGACUCUAACCAAUGUGACCGGCGUAUCGGGAUCCAGUGCUCUGACAUCAUUUGCAAAACUGUCUCCCAUCACGACUCAAUCCUUCAGUGUUACAAACACUUCCCCAGUGAAUUCUAAUGGAGUGAACACAGUAAAUGGGGGCAAGUUUGGCAAUGGACACAAUUCAAAUGUAAACAAAAAUAGACCUAAGAAACCAAAACCCAAAACACAACCAAAAACAAAAGUGAUUAAAUUUCAUGAGUACAAAGGACCUCCAAACGUAGUGAAGACUCAGACAGUGGUUCCAACUAGUAAUCCCUCAAGUGAAACUCCCUACCACAUCAUGCUACAACAACAGCAGUUGUUUUUACAGUGGCAGUUGGAAUUUCAGUCCAAAAAUCCUGGCUCAACGUCUGGUCGUCCUGUUGUGGUUUCGUCCCAGCAGGUUGGCACUGAACAGCCAGGCUCUAUACAGGUACAGACAAGCAGCCCAGGGGCCGUCCCAUUGCUGACCUCACCGGUGCCUGUGUCCUCCCCUGGCCCGGUGAAUACACAGACCAGCAUGCAGGGACAGCCUGAGCUGGCCUCGCCCCCGAUAGUGGUACAGCAGCCCAUGAAGCCUGCCCAGACCACCAUCAUUCAGACCCAGCCCCAGGUCCAGGUGCACACCCAACUACAGGGACAGCCCAUGGUGCAAGCCCAACCACAGGUGUCUCUCCAAACUCAGUCAGGAAUUCAGGUGCAAUCGUCUGGACCAUCCGCUGCACAGGUGAAAUCUAGCAUGAUGGCCAAGCCUGCUCCGGUUGUUACACAGCUUCAUAGCUCCUUGCCUGUUCAGACAUCACCAGUGCAGAGCAAACCUUUUGUUCAGACAAAGACAAUUAUACACGGUCAGCCUUCGGUGCAGUUACAGUCCAUAAUUCCAGGAAAACAACAACAAAAGACAACAGUGCAGAGAGCUCGACCGGUGUUACAAAACACAAAGAACUCUUCUGGAAACAUAAAUAAGCCUCUCAUGAACCUGGAGGACAUGAAGGUGGCAGAUUUAAAAGCUGAACUCAAAAAGCGAAACUUGACUGUGUCUGGUCCAAAACCUCAACUUAUUGAGAGACUGAAACCAUAUCUAGACAUUAAUAUAGCACCCAGUUCAAACACAAACAACAGAACAGACAUGAAGAAGUUACCAGUUCAUGCUGUCGUGAACGUUCAAUCUCUGCCCAUGUCGUCAUCAUCACCCGCGAUUCUUUCAACCUCAAACGAGGUGUCCAUGUCCUCCACUUCACCCCCGAUAUCUCCAACGAUCAGAGACAAGAUCUUCAAUCCCUUGUCCCCUGAGGUGAUGGACAUUGCCCCUUCUACCAGUGUCCUGACUGCUCAGAUGAAAAACAGUUUGCACUCUGCCAGCACAGGGUCCAUACCCAUGGCAGUGGACAACUCUAGACCCCCUUCUGUUAAUCCGGAAAUCUCCAUGGAUGUGGAUUCAAAUAUAGACUUUUCCAGUUUUGUUAAUUUUAGUCAAGCAAAUUCAUCAGCCAUCUCUUUACCUGCAACAAUUACGCUGACUACUGUGAAUUCAGUUCAUCCACCACAACCUACCAACAUGACCAGUCCACCCAUCAUCUUGGAACAUACGACCCAAGCAUCCCCUCAUCCCUCACAGGAGGAAAUCCUGCAGCAACAAAGGAUUAAAAUUGCUCAACUUCAGAAGCAGCUGGAGGAAUCUCAGAAAAUUUUACAACAACAGAUGCAGCAGCAGCAGCUGCAGCACCAGUUGCAGCAUAAUAAUCCCAGACAAACUACCACUUCUACACGGGCUACGCCACAGCCUGCUUCACCUCAGCAGAUUCACCAGGUUGUGCAGCAGCCUACAUCCCCUGCUCAUGGUAUACAGCUCACACAGAACCCCACAUCUCCUCGGAUACAGCUGAUCAAGCAACCAACUUCACCACCACAGCUACAACAGAAUUCUCCCAUAAUGCAUCAGCCAUUGUCACCACCACAGCUGCCACAACAAGUUCAGAUUAUACAGUCACCAGUUGGCCAACAACACACACUCAACACCAUCAAAAUAGAAAGUGAUGGCAAAGCAACGCAGCAACCUGCAACAAAAAUGGUGCAAAUUGCUGCUCCUCAGACGAUAUCUUUGGUCAACAGUUCUGGACAACCUUUGACCAUACCGGUCGUAUCGCAGGGCAUGCAGUCCAUUCUGAUGCCGAACUUGAUGGACAAAACAACCAAGCAGAACCUGGAGAAUUUUGUGGUGAGCCACGGUUUGAACCGGAGUCUGAACAUCUCUACCAAACCAAGCACCAUUGUCAGCAGCUCGUCCAUCCAGCAGCCAUUUGUAGGGCGAACCAUCACCCUGUCCCCCAUCAAUGGCAUCAACCCAAGCAAACCAGCCUCUGUACCAUCUUCACCCGUGGAGGGGAAAAAUCAAAUCAUGCGGACAGCCUCCAAUCCUUUCUUUGUUCCUAUGAGGAAAGAACCGCCUAAUUAUGACGAUGCUGUUAAAAAUCUGGCAAAUAAGGGUCAGAAUUUAUCUCUAGUAGAUAAUAAUGCUGCCACAAAGACGUCUGUUAAAAGUCAGGCAAUGGAUGAUGUUUUGGAAAUUCUCAUCAGGAAUGGAGAGCUACCACCCAGUGCUGCCCAGGAGCCCCCACCCACCCCAAAGACGCAGACAUCAACGGUCUCCACAACGACCUCAGAGACCACGGUGCCAAGUUCCCAGUUCCAGUUCUCUGUGUUUGGUGGUUCCACUGCCACCACACUGACAGUCAGUGCUAACUCAGCCUCUGACACCACAGAUGUUUACUCACUGCUGAAUGGACCAAUCACUGCCACUCCCUCUGUGGCAGUCAAAAAGGAGUGUAAUACUCCACCCCCCUUUGUUCUUAGUGAACCCCCAGACAGUAAAGACUUAGGCCUGGACAUCAAUGAAAUGCUGACCCAAGACUUGACCUCAAUGGAUUGGGCGGAUGACGCCCAAUUCAACCUUGACCUCACGGAUACCUCCACCAUGCAAACAGACCAAGACAAAGUGGGAUCCUCCAAAGACAUCCUGAGUGUGCCAAUCGACGAAAACUCCAAGAAUAAUCUGCAUGGCUCAGAGCCAGAUUUGGCAGCAUUAGGCAUAAAUGACACUGAAAGUGUGAAUAUGGACGUCUCUGAUUGGCUGGAUGUGAUCAUGCCUUCCACUGGUUUGACCCCACUUAGUGCUAAUGCCCCAGUGCAGUUUCCCUCAGAUCCUAUACUCACUCCUAAAACACAGCAGGAGGUGCUAGACCUGUUCAGUUUUGAGGAUGGUGAGUUUGGAACACCGACAGACCUACAGACAGGGAUCAACUGGGAGAAGCUUACCAGCUCGUCCAACUAGUUGUCAAAGUAGAAUAAACAAAUUACCUUGUCUAUAGGAAUUAGUUAAAACUGGGUUCUGACUCACUGAUAGAAGUUCUAUGGUCAGAACCCUGCAUGUUAUUAUUUAUAUGUAAUUGUUAUUGAUGUGAUUAACAGUUGAUAUAUAUAUAUUCAUAUAUAUGAAGGGUUAUUAUUUCAAAUGCUCUUUCAAGCUUGGACCAAUUAUAAGGGAGACACACACACAUCAGACUCUGGUAAAAUUAUUGCUAUAGUUUUAUGGAAUCAAGUUAGUGUCAACAAUGAUAAGACCAACUGAAAUGUAAGCAGAGGUGUGCAUGGAAUUUUUUUAGCUUAUUUUGUAUAGGCAGUUAUUUUUGCCUUCUCAAGCUUUGUGCAGUGCUCAUUUUGAGAUUAAAGUCAUAUGUUUAUAAUUUUCUUUUUUUGAUGUUGAAGUACUUAUAUGUAUUUUUUUCUUGGAAUUUUUUUGAUUUCCAUCACAUACAGAGAUAUGACCUCUUUUUAUCAGCAAUUCAAGUGUGUCCCCUUCCCUCUCAUUCACUAACUCACUGACAGCAUAUCGCCUGCUAUGUGUUUUGGGUCCACAUAUAUCGGAUUGUUUACAUAUUGUAUUGAAUCUUUCUUUGUAGCAGGAGAUAUGCAGUCAGUGUGUUAACCAGCUCUUGUCAUCUGUCAUUAUUUUAUAAAUAGUUCAUAGCUGUGCUCAAAUGCAUUCCAUCCAGACAACCUAACAUUGACAGAGCUCUACCCAGCAAUGUGGAUUUACCAGUUCUGUUCAGUGUUCUGGGGACCAUGCUUAGAACCAAAAUCUUCCUCAAGUCUACUGACUGACCAGAGGAGGAUUUUGCGACACCAAACCUAUUAUAUUUCAUUCAAUAUUAUAUUGAUAAGGAAAACUUGAGACCACGUUUGAGUAAUUAUAUUUCUAAAAAUACCUCUCAAUUUUGAAUUUGGCCAUAAAUUCUUCCUUUUAGAUUACCUUUUAAACAAUAAUGAAAAUUCCUGGUUUGGGUUUGAUAUUUAAUGAUUUGAAUAUUUCAACUAUUGUUUUUAAAAAGAUAGUGUGAAUAUCAGAAAAUCAUAGAGUAAACAAAAACUCCUUUGAUACAUUCCCCAAUCUGGUAGGCCCACUUUGCACUUUAUCAGAGAACACACUCCUUUAUUUUCUACAUUCUGUAUAAUUAUUUAAUUUACUAUGACUUCAUAUCCCUAGGUAGUGGAUAGAUUAUCUUGUUUAUUACAUAAGUAACUGAAACAGAGGAGUUUGAUUCCAAACAUGAAGGGCAAUUUCAUAUGUUUGUUAUUUAAAUUCUAGUGGGCACAUAUUCCUUCUGUAAGUGCUGAGUAUUUAUUUGAAAUCAUACUGUGCUAGUUUCAUUUUCUCAAUUCUUACUUUUUCACAUUGAUGUCACCCUUAUACUUACUAACAGAAACAGUAGGGGUCCCCCCGGGACACCAUUUAUAGGAACAAACUAUUUCAUGUGUGCAAUAGAAGAGAUCAAUCAGUCACUAUAGUGAUUUAUUGGGUUUUCUAGCUCCACCUCUUUUGAUAUUAAUAUUUGUAUUGUAUAUCAGAUGUUGCUGUGAAUGGCUGCUGGCAUCUCUCAAAAGUAAGAUAUUAGAUUGGUAUAGUACAUUUUCCUUGUUAUAGAUCCACUUAUAAAGUAAACAAAUUUACAAUAGAUUGAUCCUUUAUCGACAAUAAGCAUAAGGUGUAACAAAUUAAAUAUUAAAUGAAGUAAUUUUACCUGAGAAAAAAAAGUGAUUUUGGGUUACUGGUAAUUGUAUGCAUGCACUGCUGUCAUUAAUUAAGGGUUUCUAUAGCCAGACAGGUUUUGGAAAUGAUAAAUCAGACUUGCUUAAUAUUUUGAUAGACAUUUUGAUCUUCUCAUUUGUCAGACUAAAGGUCUUCCAAUUUGUUAUUUGAUGAAAAUUGUUGUCAUUACCAAUUUAAGUUUACAACUUUUGUUGAAAGUGUUAAGUGCCUUUAAAAUGACUUGUUAAAACAGAUUCAAAUUUGAAGUUGGCAAUGAAAACUGCAACCUCCCUCCGUUUCUAUCUUAUAGUACCGUACAAAUUAUUGCACAUUUUGUAACCUGCCAUAAAACAAUUAGAGAUUCCAAGAAAUUGGUUGAAUUACAUGUACAUGCAUGUAUAUGUAAUAUCUUAACUCGAGUGAGAAAUCGGUAGUUAAUGCGUUAUGAAUACAAUUAAAUGAAGUACAUCAGAUGAUAUAUAAACUAAAACAAUGAUGGUGCAACAAUUUGAAAAUUUACCCUGUAUAGCUUGUAUAAUGUUGUUACCCUGGGUAUUUAUUUGGAGUGAUAACAGCUUAUGAAAUAACUUUGUAGAUAUGUUGGGUUUUUUUUUUUUUAAAUACAUGUGUGUUAUUGCCGUGUGUAUGAGUAUUUGCACAUAGAGUAAUAUAUUUGCAUUGUUAGAUCACAAUCUUGUUUUUUGUGAUGAUUGUUGUUAUUUAUUUUGUAUUUGUAACUUUGAAUUGACUUGAAAAGCAUACAAGCACUGACUAUAUAUCUGUUACAUUUGGGUCUCUUGUGGCAAUAGUAUGAAAAUAGAAAGUUUUCACAGUUAAUAUUCAUGCAUUUAUAUUAUACCUACUACUGUAACUGCAGGCAAUUUGUGUGUUUUUAAUAUAUCUAAAUUCUUGUCAGAUCAAAACAAUGGUCUAAAAAUUAGUCAACAUUUAGGUUGUGUAUUUUAGAUAUUUUCUUUAUUAGUUAGUGUGAAUUAAUCUUACCUGUUACACAUAGAUUUUCUCCUCUAUAGUUGCUGUAUCUUGUAUCUUACCGAUACGAGUCUUAUGACUUAGAGACAACUCCAUUUUCUUCUGAAAACCCUUAUGAUGGUUUCAAACAGAUCAAAAGGGGGAGGGAGGGAAGGGCUUUUAUAAAAAUAAUGUGUAAAAAUUGUGGUAGGUUUGGGAUAGCCUUCUAUUACCUCUAUUUCUUAUUGAAUGUGUAAUGAAAGUCUCAUUCUAUUCUCUGUGUAGUACUGUUAUUUACAUUCCGAACUAAUUAAUUUCCUCCUCUUUCUCUUUCAAACACCAUUGCAACAUUGUGUUAGGUUAUUUGCCUAGUAGUCCCAGCUUCUGUGGUCAGAAAACCUUUUGAGUUGCCCCAGGUUGUUGUGUAGAACAUAUCAUUUAUGUGUGCUGUAGCAGGCCUCUGUAUUGUACAUGAGUAGUUAGCAGCUCGCGACAUAGUACCUGUAUGCUAGAAAUUCUAUGUCAGUAGAAUGCUUGGUUUGAAAAACAAUAUGCUGUAUAGAACAAAUAUUUUUUUCAUAGUAGGUAGGAAAAUUCUUGAUGAAAUUAUCAAGAGCACACUUAGAUAACUUUGCCCCACACUUUGUUAAAAAAGUUCCUAUUUAGGAAGGUACUCUGUGUACCAAUUCAGUUGAUAGUUACCUGUAAAGGAGGGAUCCUGUGUUAAUGGAAACCCCGGUACUUCAUUAUAUUGUUGUUAUAUUAUGAAAUGUUUCACAAUAUGGGCCAAAAUAAUUUUAACGUAACUAGUUGAUGUACUUUUGAACGGUUAACACAACUUGUUACAUUACAAUGAAGCUUGUUAAGACUGAGAGCGUCCAUUGUUGUUUUCACACUGUGAUGUUGUGUAAAAGCCUUGUGCUAUCUUCUUUAAAAGUCAUAUGUUUGUGCCAAAUAUGUUGUAGAUAAGUAGAUCUCGCAUUCAUGAUAAUGUGGAUGCUGUGGAUUCAACCUUCUGUUGUCUUUGAAGUAACUAUGGUAACUGCAGCAUGUUCAUGACAUCACUUCCUGCUUUGUCCCUGUUUGACUUGUAUGUGGUGGCUAGUAUAACCCUAUUUUGUACAUACUUUUUAUAUCAUACACUGUAAAUGCUGUCUUUGAGACCCAAAUAAACUCAGCUUGAUGUUAUCAAA